UACAAGUAUCGUCUUUCGCCGGACCAGAAGCCUAGAUACUUAGACAGACACUUACAUUUGUACAAUGGGUUUCUCAGAUUCCUCUUCUCUAUUGAAGACAGCCCUUGCCGUUUUCCCUCUAGCAUUGAUACUACAUAUUGUUGGAUUAGCAACUCCAAGUUGGGCUACUAACAGUGGUUCCUCUGGUGGUAUAAGCUUCAGAGUGACAGCAGGUCUAUGGAAACAAUGCAACACCGUACAUGGAGAAACCGAAUGUAUCAUCUAUCCACAACCGGAAGAUUGGCAAAAGGCAUGUCAGGCGUUUGGUAUCAUCGGUGUGUUGGCUGUCUCUGCCGCGGCCAUCUUGGAAGGGUUGUGCACAGUAUUGCUGACAAAGUCCAAACACAAAAUCUUCUUCAUAGCCACUACAUUACUAGCUUUCCUUGGAGCUGGCAGUAUCAUCCUUACUGCGAUCAUUUGGGCCGCGAAGAUAUUCGAGCUACAGUUGACCGACCUUGUCCUAAGCUGGUCGUUUGGGCUGUCCAUCGCUGGGGCCGUUCUGUCCGGUGUUGGUGGAAUACUGAUGGCAAUAGACCUUUGUCAGAAUUCUAAUAUUUAUUCUUAGCUCAUGUCUGUUGUGUGUUCGAAAAAUUAUUCACUGCUCGAAAGCUAUAUAUUUUGGAACAUUUCGGAUUUAUAUCCAACCCUUCCUAACAUAUUGAUAGGUCGUUUGAAUGAUUAACGUCAGGUGGCAUAUGACUAGUAGUUAGCGCCUGAUGAGACAGUUCCUCAAAGUUGUAUUGAUAUAUAUAUCAUUUAAUGGAUAUAGAAAAUUGUAUUGAAUGUAUAAAUUGUACUGAAUGUAUAGAUUCUAUUGAAUGUAUAAAUUGUAUUGAAUGUAUAAAUUGUAUCGGAUGUAUAAAUUGUAUCGAAUGUAUAAAUUGUAUCGAAUGUAUAAAUUGUAUAUAUAUGUACUGUAAAGCGUUUUGGAGUGGCUUAUUCUAACCAUAGAGGGUGCUAUAUGAAAUUUGUAUAUCUAUAUAUAUUAAUUACUUGACCUCUGUAUAAUGAGAGGUGUUCGAUCAACUUCCAUGCUGUGAAAUAAAGGUAAAACAAAGGGCUAACGUAAUACAUAUUUAGAGACAUUUUAAACUAUAUUUGGAUUGAGGGCAUUUUUUGAAAAAAAAUAUUCUAAUAAUUAUCGUUUUACCAUUGCAUUUAAAUACCUUUUUGCUCAAUAUAUGCAAUAAAACAGGUUUUACUACGAAUUAAUAAAAAAUUAUAUACAUCCGUUUUAUACAAUGUAAGACAUAUUGUAGCGGGGGUCUUUAACGAAUUUUCAAUUUUAUUUUAUUUGAUACUAUUUGGUUGACAUGCAUUUUGAACGAUGCAAAUAUUUGCCUUUACUGUCUUCUUUUGUACCAUGUGCAGAGGUGGUAAUCACUAUAAAUCACUUUAUAAUGUCAGACAUUUGAAUCUUGUGACUGCAGCAUACCAGAAACUCAUUAUUAAAUUAGUAUUUCAUAAAGACCGUCCCAGAUUAAAUUUAAGUUUCAGUGUAAUGGCCAACCACGGGGACUGACUUAUCAUCGAUUGUGCUUCUUAACCGUGCUGUUAACUUUAUUGUCAAGUGUAAGAUCCUCGUUGAACUUAGUAAAAUGAUUUGUGAAUAAAUCACUAGAAAUGA